CUGACAGUCUUGGAACUCUUGUUUUUAUGUGUGUAGUUUAUUUCUAACUUGAUGGUGUGCUAUCCUGUUGGAGAUGCUGAUUGGUUACUUGGUUGAGUUUACUCUGUCUAGUACUAUUUAUCCACACAGGCCUUUCAUGUCCUGAAUUUCCGUCCUGCAAGAUUAUACAUGUACCUAUACCAUAAAAAAGAUUUUAUCUGAGAUGAGUUAGUUAUAUGGUUAACUAUCUUCAAUUAAAUCCUUCCUGCUGCGGUGGUAUUAUUUCAAAUAUAUAUGUGUAUAUAUAUUAAUUUUCUUAUAUUUUAUUAACCUUGUGAUUCUUAAUAUAUGAUCCUUCUGAGUUGCGGGUGAGUUUGGAUCAUGUAUCUAAUGGUCCUCCAGCAAGGUGCCUGAAUAGACCAUCUAGUGGGAUACUGGAAAAUUUCACUGCCAGGACAGUUUUUAUUUGAGAGUUGUUACCUACCUCCAUGCAACUACAAACUGAGGCAUGAACUGAGUUGCGCAAAGUGACUGUUCCACGAAUUGCAUAGCACACCUUGACAUACAGUACACCAUCCAAUCUGAGAAUGAUGUUCCGAUGUAACUGAUUACCUGGUAAGUUUCGACUAGGUUCUAUGAAGUCUGUGGCUACAGGUAUUUUUGAUAACGAGCAACCGGUAAAGCUGAUGUGGUGGCGAAGCAUUUGAUUCAUGAUGGAAAUCUUGACUUGGUAGUUCAUUUUAACCUCAGUAUGAUAAGUAUAGAGUUUCAGAAGUCCCACUUGCACUUAUCGAGUAGGUUCAACUAUCCAAGGGACUUGAAUAACUGAAAAUUGGUCUGCUAGGGGACACCACGUUCAUACUUCACAUUGUGACAGCACUGGGCCGAAGAUCUGUUCUGAUCAUCUGACUCAACAACAGAAGAUGUGUAGUUUUUUCUGGGUGUUAGGAUAUGUUUACAAAGAAGUUAUUUUAAGUAUAAACCCCCAUACUCAAUUAUUCUUUGGCGCAGGAUAACAUUGCAAUGUCCAUACUAUCAUGGCUGAUGGACGGCGUCUCAUUUCAUUUCCUAGCUGUGACAAGUGUUUUCUUCUUGUCUCCAAGAAGAGCUCUCUGAUCCAUCAUGGCAUCACAAUCAUACAUUUUCCUCAAUCAUUAUUGCUUUCCAAUCCAGAAUUUUUCCCAGCCUUCAUUUUACGGACUUGUCACAAACUCACAAUGCCGACCUCGAUGCUGAGGCAGCAGAUUAAAAUGGAGAAGGCACUUUCUUUACAUUGUUCCCUCAUGUGACAUGCACCUUUACUUGAAAUCUGUUAGUCCACCAUGAAAGGUUUUGCUUUUGUUUAUAUGGAUGAUGAAAGAGAUGCAGAGGAUGCUAUUCGGGGACUUGACCGAAUAGAAUUUGGCCGAAAGGGUCGCAGACUUCGCAUUGAGUGGUCAAAGGAAGAGCGUAGCAGUAGGAGGCCUGAGAUUUCUAGGAAAUCUUCAUCUAGCGCCAGACCUUCGAAGACUUUGUUUGUCAUAAAUUUUGAUCCAAAUAGUACUAGGAGCAGGGAUAUAGAGAGGCACUUCGAUCCGUACGGAAAAAUACUCAAUAUAAGGAUUAGAAGGAAUUUUGCAUUUGUUCAAUAUGAAACUCAGGAGGAUGCUACUAGAGCCUUGGAUGCUACAAAUAUGAGUAGACUGAUGGAUCAAGUCAUUACAGUUGAAUAUGCAAAUAAAGAUGAUGAUGACAGGAGAAAUGGGUUUAGUCCUGAUAGAAACCGUGAUAGGGGUCUUAAGAGAGGUUAUGACCGAGGCCGAUCUCGGAGUCCUUAUGGAAGAGAGCGGGGAAGUCCUGAUUAUGGUCGUGGUCGGGCCCGUAGCCCAAGUCCAAUCCGUCAAGGUAGGUCAAGUCCUGAUUAUGGUCGUCGUCCUAGUCCAAAUCCCAAUCAUAGGGAGAGGGAUUCCGAUUAUGGCGGUGGCCGUAGUCCGAGCCUGAGAAAGGAGAGGAACCCUGAUCAUGGAAAUGGUCAUAGUCCGAACCCUCGAAGGGUGAGAGCCGGUUCUGAAAAUGGCCGUGCGAACAGUCCACCAGAGGAAGGACUUUUGGAAUCUCCUCCAAGGGGGAGGAGAGAGAAAUAUAGCCCAGAUGGUUAUCGUGUCCGCAGCCCAAGGUCUAAACCUGAAGAAAUAGAUAGUCCUGGAUAUGCUGCAGCAGAAAGUCCUCUUCCAGAACAACACAGGAGCCUUUCACCUCCAACUCGAGAUAGAUCUCGCUCCUAAUUUGCUCGCUAUCAGCCUCUGACCUUAUGUCAUAUUUGGCGAGGACUGUCACAUUGCAAGUGGCGCUGUAGAAGUAUGCUUCAAGUUUGCUGGAGCCUCAAAACUCUAAUGUCUUUGUUUUUACUUCAAUAUGUUCAACAUUCCAGUCACUAGUAUGGCUUUUUGACAAUUUGUUCUUGAAAUAGACUUGCUAGAGUGUAUUAGGUAAUUCUGUUUUAAAGUUGAAAAGUCCAUGUUAAGACUUGGAUGAUGCACUUGAGCUGGGCUAACAAACUUUCUUGCUUAAUAUAUGUUCUCAAAAUCUA